AUGGGUCUUUCACCAUUGCAGAAAUGUACAUCUGCUAUUCUUAUGUUGGCGUAUGGGUCUCCUGCUGACUUGGGCGUGAAUGUUGUAUUUGGGGAUGAGUAUUUGAGAAAGCCUAACAGCAAUGAUGUUGAACAUCUUUUACUAAUGGGAGAGUCACGUGGCUUUUCAGGUUCAAACAAUGACAUUAAUGUAUUAAACCAAUCCAACAUGUUUAAGGAUAUUUUGGAAGGACAUGCUCCCAAUGUGCAAUAUACAAUCAAUGAGACACCGUAUAAUAUGGGGUAUUAUUUAGCAGAUGGUAUAUAUCCUGAGUGGACUACAUUUGUCAAGACCAUUUCAAUGCCAUAA